UAUCUUGCUGGAAUUUUGAACUCAAUUAUAAGUCAUGAAACAUUUUCCCUUUUCUUGAUGGAUUGAUGAGUUGGUAGCUAAUUGUGAUAGGAAGAGGAGGUGUUACGCAUAACACACUUGAAGAUAUACACAGCCAUUGGAAAAGGGCUGAGGCUGUGAGAAUAAAGUGCUUGGGGGUGCCAACUCUUGACAUGGACAACAUUUGCUUCCAUCUCGAGGACAAGACUGGGGGAAAGAUUAUAUACCGUUACAUAAAUAUCCUCCUCCUAUAUCGUGGGCGUAACUAUGACCCCAAGCAACGACCGCAGAUUCCACUGAUGUUGUGGAAGCCUUACGCACCGAUAUAUCCCAAGCUAGUGAAGAAUGUGGCUGAUGGUCUAACAUUUGAAGAAACUAAGGAGAAGCGAAACAGAGGACUUAGUUCUCCCCCUCUAAUGAAACUCACUAGAAAUGGCGUGUACGUAAACGUGGUAGAGAGAGUGAGGACAGCAUUUGAGAGUGACGAUGUCGUGAGAUUAGACUGCACUCACGCGGGCUCAAGCGAUUGCAAGAAAAUUGGUGUCAAACUAAGAGAUCUGGUUCCGUGUGUUCCUAUCUUGUUCAAAGAUGAGCAGAUUAUACUCUGGAAGGGAAAGAAAGAAGGUGAAUGAGAUGUUUACUGCUUUGCUUAUGUUUGGAGUUUGGAUCUUUUGAGUCAAGAAUUGGAUUAACUAUGAGAAUAGAUAUUGUGGUUCAUGUAUUCCCUCCGUCCCUGAAAAGUGUCAUUUUUUUUA